AUGCCAUUCACGCCAGUAAUCCUCUCCCAAUUCCUUGUUCUUGCCACUCCUCUUUAUUACUGAAUUCACCUCUCUGUCUAAACCUGUCUCCCCCCUCCUCUCCUCCACACCUCUCUCCUCUAUCAGAUUCCAGAGUCCUGGGUUAGCAGGAAAGUCACACAGGAAUUUCUAUAUUACUGGAAAACAACAGGACGCAAAUACAAGUAUGGCACUGAAGCAAAAAAGAGAGAACAGAACCCAGGGAGGAAAAAGAGAUCAGAACCCGGGGAAGAAAAAGAGAUCAGAACCCGGGGAAGAAAAAGGAAAUCAGAACCCGGGGAGGAAAAAAGAGAUCAGAACCCGGGGAAGAAAAAGGAGAUCAGAACCAGGGGAGGAAAAAGGAGAUCAGAACCCAGGGAAGAAAAAAGAGAUCAGAACCCGGGGAAGAAAAAAGAGCUCAGAACCCGGGGAGGAAAAAAGAGAUCAGAACCCAGGGAGGAAAAAGGAAAUCAGAACCAGGGGAGGAAAAAGGAAAUCAGAACCAGGGGAGGAAAAAGGAGAUCAGAACCCGGGGAGGAAAAAGGAGAUCAGAACCCGGGGAAGAAAAAGAGAUCAGAACCCGGGGAGGAAAAAAGAGAUCAGAAGCCGGGGAAGAAAAAGGAGAUCAGAACCAGGGGAGGAAAAAGGAGAUCAGAACCCAGGGAGGAAAAAGAGAUCAGAACCCGGGGAAGAAAAAGAGAUCAGAACCCGGGGAAGAAAAAGGAAAUCAGAACCCGGGGAGGAAAAAAGAGAUCAGAACCCGGGGAAGAAAAAGGAGAUCAGAACCAGGGGAGGAAAAAGGAGAUCAGAACCCAGGGAAGAAAAAAGAGAUCAGAACCCGGGGAAGAAAAAAGAGAUCAGAACCCGGGGAGGAAAAAAGAGAUCAGAACCCGGGGAGGAAAAAGAGGACAGAACCUGAACAAAAAAGAAAAUGACAGCACCCAGAGGAAAGAAUACAAAGAACAGAAUUUAGGAAAACAAGAGCCCCAUUCACAGGAAGGGAGAACAGCACCCAGGGGAAAGGAUCAGCACCUGGAGGUGAACCUGUCAUCCAGGGGAGAAUCCGACACUGGUGCACUCACAGAAGGGACAAUAGUGUAA